GUACAGUUUCUCUGGUCUUCUCUCCUCCAGGAUGGGUGCUGGAGACGGGUUUCGUGCCCCGCUGGCGGUGAUCACUGCUGGGUUACUGAGUGUGCUGGGCCUCUCAUGGUUCUGGAGUAUGCUGGCUCUUAUAGGAGUUUAUUUAUGUUCUGGAGGAUGGAGGUUUCUCUAUGUGGCUGCAUGCACCAUCAAGAGAGACAUUGUUGGUCUGUGCAUACUGUUGCGUGUGAAAUACUUCAUGCAUCAUUACAUUAGUACGCGCAGCACCGUCCCGUCUAUAUUCGCCCAGCGGGUGGCGCUCCACCCGGACAAGCCGGCUCUGGUGGAGGAGUCCACGGGCGAGGUGUGGAGCUUCUCUGAGCUGGACCGGCGGUCGAACGCUGUGGCGCAGUGGGCCUUGGCGCAGGGCUGGAGGUCAGGCGAUGUGGUGGCCAUCUUCAUGGAGAGCCGGCCGCUCAUGGUGGCGCUGUGGCUCGGUCUGGCUAAAGUGGGCGUGGAGCCGGCGCUCAUCAAUUUUAACCUGCGACGCGAUUCGUUGAUGCACUGCAUGGGCGUGUCUGGAGCGCGAGGGAUGGUGUUCGGGGUGGAGCUUCUGGACGUGGUGUUGGAGGUGAAGGAGUCUCUCAGCUCUCUUUCUCUCUUCUGUACUGGUUCGGCUGCGGCCCAGUCUUUGGAUUCGCUGUCAGCUCAGAAUCUGGAUGUGCUGCUGGCUUCAUCUCCUGACACGCCACCCGCCGUCACACACAGCAAGGGCUUCAACGACAGGUUAUUUUACAUCUACACCUCAGGAACGACGGGUUUACCUAAAGCUGCCAUCAUAGUUCACAGCAGGUACUAUCGCAUCGCUGCGUUUGGAUAUUACUCCUUUGGUCUGGGGCCAGAUGAUGUGGUUUACUGCUGCCUGCCGCUCUAUCACUCCGCAGGUAACAUUGUGGGUGUGGGUCAGUGUCUGCUGCACGGUCUGACGGUGGUGAUCCGCAGGAAGUUCUCCGCGAGCCGUUUCUGGGACGACUGUGUGAAAUACAACUGCACGGUGGUCCAGUACAUUGGUGAAAUCUGUCGAUAUCUGUUAUCUCAGCCGGUCCGUCCGUCCGAGUCUUGUCACCAGGUGCGUGUUGCCAUGGGCAAUGGUCUGCGGCCUAACGUUUGGGAAGAUUUUAUGAAACGUUUCAACAUCAAACGCAUCGGUGAGUUUUAUGGAGCCACUGAGUGCAACUGCAGCCUCGCCAACAUGGACAACAAGGUUGGGGCGUGUGGCUUCAACAGUGUGAUUCUGCCCAGUGUUUAUCCCAUCAGACUGCUGAGAGCAGACGAGGACACAAUGGAGUUAAUACGGGACAGUCAAGGACUGUGUGUCCCAUGCAAACCAGGAGAACCAGGGAUUAUUGUUGGCCGAAUCAAUCCACAUGAUCCAUUACGUCGUUUUGAUGGCUACGCGAAUCAAGAGGCCACCAAUAAAAAGAUCUCUCACAAUGUCUUCAAAAAGGGAGACUCUGUGUAUGUAUCAGGUGAUUUGAUGGUGAUGGAUGAGUUCGGUUACGUGUAUUUCCGGGACCGAGGCGGAGACACGUUUCGCUGGCGGGGUGAGAACGUGUCCACCACAGAGGUGGAAGGAAUCCUGAGCUCUCUGUUGAAACAUACGGAUGUGGCCGUCUAUGGCGUCUCAGUGCCAGGUGUGGAGGGGAAGGCAGGAAUGGCUGCCAUAGUGGACGUGACAAAUUACUUCAACUGUGAGACAUUUCUACGAGAUGUGCAGAACGCACUGCCCUCAUACGCUCGCCCAAUCUUCUUACGACUUUCACCUGAGGUCGACAAAACAGGCACAUUUAAAAUCCAAAAGACUCGUUUACAGAAGGAGGGAUUUGACCCACAACAAACCACUGACCAGCUUUACUUUCUCAACAGCCGUUUGGGGCGAUACGAGAGUCUGACGGAGGAGCUCUACAGUGCCAUCAUGCAGGGAAAAUUAUCACUAUAAGAAAGAGAGAGCCUUUAUUGUGUAAAUGUAUUGAUGGGGUAUUGAUACAUUAUUUUACAAAAUCAUCUAAAUAGACUGCAGUCAAGCUCAUACUUGUCACACUGUUGAGUUAGUUCUUGAAACUACUAGUUAAGCCUUUUUCAUUGAUAGCAGAAAAAGUACCUUAUUUCAGUUCAAGCACAACAGUAAUAGCCUCUGGAAGUGCAAUUCGUUUAAUUUUUACAAGCCUCGCAUAUGUUAAAGAUUUCUUAUUAGAAGAAAUAGACUCAGUCUUCUGAGUAGUUGAACUAAACAUAAAGGUGCUUUACAAUACUUUUUUCUUUUCCUCAAUAGAGUGCAAAAAAAUGUCUCUACUGCCUGAUGGAUAUCACUGAAAUAGGUUUUACGAGGUAGACACACAACUGUAAAAGACAGAAAAUGAUUCAGGGUAUCAGUGUGUGAUUAUCAGAAGACUAGUUAAACAGUUGUGCUCUCAGUUUGUUUUUGGGUUUGCUGGUUUUGGAGAGGUUUUCACAUUCAGCUGGCUUUGAGAACAGACAGUUUUCUCCAGGUGUUACUGACUUACAGCACUUUUAAUGUGGUCAACACUGUGAUAUUGAGACGUCUCUAUGAUUUCAGUAUUUAUAUAUUCAUUUCAGACAGGUAAUAGUAAUAGUAUUACAGAUGAACAGUUUGCAAAACAUUUCAAAUCACACAUGUUAAGCUUUGCAAUUACAGUGUUAAAAGCAAAAACUUCUGAGAAACUUUUUUAAUUAAGAUUUUAAUAAAAUUAAGUGUAUUGAAUUUAAAAUGUUUUGAUGUGACAUGUACAUAAUCAUUAACCAUUAGCAAAUCAGAUUGAUGUUUUGGCUAUUUUACCUUCACUUGAAUGCAGAUUUCUUAACAAUUUUAAUAAAGUUAACAUAAAAAUUGUACACCA